CUGGCAGAAGUUAAAGUGGCACGAAGCCUGGAUCUCACUGAGUUUGAACUGAAACCAGUUUCAGACGAGACACUCAACCUGAAGUUAACUGACUUCACUCAAAAUGAGGUUAAGAUCCUUUUUCUGGGCUAAUGUUCUUCUAAUUUGUUGCAAAUUAGCAGAGUUUACAUCCAGCCGUGGUUUAACCUUUUCUAACUUUGCUGAGUGACAUUUUCAAGUGUCCUCCAGUUUGGAGAGCGAAGCUGUUGAAACAUGGCCGACUGUUUCUGUCAUCAUUACAAUUUCUGCCUCAUUAUCUGCAGAAACUCUCAGGAUCUGCUUCUAUGCAAAUGUGGCGUCAUGUUGGCAGAUCUGUUUGUUUCCUAAGUGCAGCAAUUAUCUAAAACUGCAGCUAAAUACAGACUAAUCUUUAAAAUUACAGUCAGUCAGAGCUGUCUAAUAGACUGGAAGAGGCUGAGGAGCUUCAGUGGCUGGAGGGAUAGCUUGAUUAACGAAGUGUCCCCCCUCCCGUCUUAACGAGGUCCCUCUGAGCUGCAGCUCUGUUUCUCAGGCAGCUAAUUGACCCAGACGUAGAGCUGUGUGGAAAUGACUCACAGGUGUUGUGGAUUUAAACGCUGUUGUCACACAUCAACGCUGCAUAUUUAUUUGUUGUCUUGUUGCACAUUUUCUUCAUGUUUCAGUAUUUCACUGAAGUUACAAACAUGAAUAGAGACAAACUGUUGGGUUGCUUUGAAUUUCAUCAUUCGUUCUGCUUCUCGUUUUCCUGCUUCAUUUUGAUUUAUUGUAGCAAAACGCUUCACAGUUUUAUUCCCUCUUCUCUCAACUUGCCUUCCUUUUCCAGCCUUGUCUUACUUGUAAUCUGACCUGGAGCCGACCAGAACUGGCCCGUAACGGGCCAGGCGAGUCCUCAGAUCAGCUCCUGGGAUUUGUUGGAACUGGAGGUCCAGUAGAACUCUGACCCAGUUCUGCUGUGGGUCUCCCUUGAUGAUUUUCAUGUUCUACAAUCAAAUGAAAAACUGCAUAUCAUCCUGCAGUGAAACAUGGUGGUGGCAGCAUCAUGCUGUGGGAAGGUGGAGGGAGCCAAAUCAGGACAACCCUGCAGCUAACCUGAGACUGGGGUCAAAGUUCAGCUUCCAGCAGGAUGACCACCAGGAACAUUAUGGGAUGGUUUAGAUCAGGGCGGGUUCAUGGGUUAAAAUGGCCUAGUCAAAGUCCAGACCUGAAUUCAACUGGUCAAAACCUGAAAUUCUCAGAUGGUCUCCAUCAACCUGACUGAGUUGGACACGAACCCAGAGGAGGUUCUGCAGCGGGGCGGCACCUGUGACCUUAAGACGGGCCUCUGCUUCAGAACCCAAUCAGAACCCAAUCAGAACACCUGAGUCAGUCAGCAGAGCUGGAGGUGCUUCAGGUGAGUUGGCCGGUCCAGAAGCUGCAGGACAGAAGGACCUCAGAGUUCUGACUCAGGGAGGAUGGAAAAACAUGCACUCCACACUUUUGAGAUUUUUGUUGAACACCAUCAGUUAUUUUCUUUUUGCAUAAAUAUGCCCACGUUCUAGCUUCUGAUCAACGCAUCAAUAACAAUCUUUCAGAGCUAACUUGACAUUUUCCUAAAUCGCGUCUUAAUGUCUAAAUCUGAUGCAACAUGAAUUAUUGUCUCCUUGUUGAUCGGAGCUCCCGCCUUCAGUCUAAAUGCCUCUGGUCGCCGCCAGCUCCUUUUUUUUUCCAGCUGAAGGAGUGAAAUGAAGUGAACUGGAGGCUGAGCGCAGAGCACAGCGUCCCGUCAGUCGCUGCUGAGGAAGAGGAGAGAGAGGAAGCUGCGCUAUAAAAGCCGGAGUCUCCGCGCGGCUCCGGAGUUCGCAGGAGGCGCUCGGAGCGCGGAGGAGCUUCUUGGGUCUCCGGGUUCCGAGUUUCAGGCUGCGGGUCGCCGGAUGCCGCGUUUCUCUGCAGCUGUCGAGAUGCUUCCGGCGACCAGGCGCCGCUGCGGGUGAGGAUGAGGAGGAGGAGGCAGGAGCGGGUCUGACUGAGACUGCGGGACAUGCGGUGUCUUCUCCUCUGGAUGCGGGUUUGAGAGCUUCCCAAGCGGCCAGUCGGAGCUCGAUGAGCGGGGCAUGUGACGGAGGAAGGUGGAGGGAUGGAGUCGCCCGCCAGCUACGGAGGUCUGCUGAACUUCUCCACCAAUGACUCCGACACCAGCGGGUCCGGGGCGGAGCGGCGGGGCUCCAGCCUGGCCCCCCAGGCAGCUCUGGCCGUGACUCUGGGGCUCAUCACCUGCGCCACCACGCUCUCCAACGCCUUCGUCAUCGCCACCAUCUACCAGUCCCGGAAGCUGCACACCCCGGCCAACUUCCUCAUCGCGUCCCUGGCGCUCACGGACCUGCUGGUGUCCAUCCUGGUGAUGCCCAUCAGCGCGCUGUACACGGUGCUGCAGACCUGGCCGUUGGGUCAGGUGAUGUGCGACAUCUGGCUGUCCUCGGACAUCACCUGCUGCACCGCCUCCAUCCUCCACCUGUGCGUCAUUGCGCUGGACCGGUACUGGGCCAUCACGGACGCGGUGGAGUACUCCAAGAAGCGCACGGCGGGACGCGCCGCUGGUAUGAUCGCCACCGCCUGGGUCAUCGCCAUCUCCAUCUCCCUACCGCCAUUCUUCUGGCGCCAGGUGAAGGCGGAGGAGGUGACGAGCUGCAACGUGAACACGGACCACAUCUUCUACACCAUCUACUCCACCUUCGGAGCCUUCUACAUCCCCACGCUGCUGCUCAUAUGCCUGUACGGCCGGAUCUACGUGGAGGCGCGGAAGCGCAUCCUGAAACAGGCGCAGAACAAGCAGGGGAAGAGGCUGACCUCUGCGCACCUGAUCAGCAGCUCCCCCGGCUCCGUGGCGUCCACCACCUCCUUGAACUACGGGACGAACGACGCCUCCUCCUGCGACACUACCUCGUCCUCCCCCAGUGUGAGCCAAGUCAAAGUCACUGUGUCGGACGCGCUGCUGGAGAAGAAGCGCAUCUCUGUGGCCAGGGAGCGGAAGGCCACCAAGACCCUGGGCAUCAUCCUGGGAGCCUACAUCGUCUGCUGGCUGCCGUUCUUCAUCUACACCCUCCUAGUGCCUCUCUGCCAGUCCUGCUUCCACCCAGGGCUGUUCGACAUCUUCACCUGGCUCGGGUACCUCAACUCCCUCAUCAACCCCAUCAUCUACACCAUGUCCAACGAGGACUUCCAGCAGGCCUUCCACAAACUCAUGCUGCGCUUCAGGUGCUGCAGGGCAUGAGGACUGGUUCAUUCAAAUGGAGCCAAAAACCAGCCUACAUGUGGGACCCAUACUGGGAUUGUCUGCAGGGUAUGUAACCAUCCAUGGUGGUUAAGGGGGCUCAGCCAGUCCCAUCUGGGUCCCAUGGGGGCCACAGGUCACAAGCUGGAGGGCUGCAGAACAAGCAUGAGGCUUUUCAGUCAUCAGUGCUGCUGGAACCCAUCUGACAUUCACAGGUGGGACCCAUCGUCCAAAACAAGGAUUAUCCUUGGCUUCAUAACCAAACAGACUGAGUGGUUCCUACCAGCAAGUACACACUGGACCCCUCUGGGCCCCAUCUUCAAGUUGUCCAACACGUUGCUGGAUGUUGUGGAGGACGACAUGCAGAACAAAGUAUGUCAGCCUGCAGAGAUCUGUGGGCCCAACCAGGAAGGAAAUGAGCUGGAGGCCAUCAGAUCCAAAGUAGAAGUUUAAUCAAUCAAAAGGUUUUGAAUUCAUGACAUCAUUUAUGUUUCUAAAUUUGAACGAAACUGAAGCGAGACUCGGUUUGUCCGUUUGUUGAGGUUCAAAUUCAGCGAAAACAACCAGAUUUAAAAGUUAAUGACAAUGCUCAUGUUUGGUUCAGAUGGAGAUCGGGUCCAACCAACAUGGUGCCAACGACUGAACCCAUGCGGGUCCCACAGUUUAGUUCAGAAGGUUUCCAUAGCUGGACCCCCUGGCCUGGGUUUGUCCUGUGCAGGGGUUAAAGGUUAAAGGCUCCAUAAGAGGCAACAUUGAUCAUCAUGUUUUGAACUGAGUUCUGAUAAAGUAGCUACAGUGGGCCCCAUGUUUAGGCCAGGUACAUUCAGAACUGUCCAGGCCCAAGCCAAUCCCAUAUGGGGCCCACAUGGUUGGCUGGGACCUGAAUCUCGCCCACUGGUUUCCCUUCAGGCUCAGAUUGUUCUGAACAACGCGGGGCGGGCUGGGACCCAUCCGUCCUGAUGCUACAGGAGAAGGAACCAGAAUGACUUGGAGGGCACACCGGACUGAACCCCCAGCUUUGGACUGGGCAACUGAACUCGGACUGGGCCCUUGGACUGAGCAACCAUUUGUGUUUAACUUUUGUGACUCAAUCAGAGGAACUGUCGGUACCGACCCAGAACCGGUUCUAGUCUAAUAAAGAAGGUUGAUGU